AUGCACCCACCACCACAGCAGCUCAAAGCGUCGCUCCAGUCAAUGCCGGCGACCGGCGAUGCGUGCUGCACAUGCGCCGUACUCCUAGCCACGGCCCCGCGUUACACAUCAGGCUCCGAGAAGCCCCUCCCCGCGCCCCGCGCUCUGCCAUGCUGCAACCGCACGAUCUGCGGCAGCUGUCUUUACGUACGCCGGCCCCCCCUCGGAACCCAAGACUAUUCCCACGCCCAAUGCAAACGGCUCGCGGAUGGGCUCUGCUUUCUCGGUCUAAACAUGUCCAGACAAACGCUCGCUUCGCCCUCUACUGCCCCUACUGCCAAACCUCCACCGCCGCCGCCGCCGCCCCGCUGCCCUCAGGCCUCAGGACCACCCGCGACAAGUCCUCCCUCGUCCUGCCGCCGCGGAACGGCCUCAUCCUCCACCCCUUCCCCGCCGUCGCCGCCGCCCGCCGUCCUCGAAGAAAAGGCUGACGACACCAUCCACCACCUCGACCACGCCACCGACACGCUGACCUCCCUGUCUCUGGCCUAUAACGUGCCGGCCCAGGUCCUGCGCGCCCACAACAACCUCCCGGCCGACCACCUCCUGCCGGCCCGCCGCACCCUUCGCAUCCCCGCGAGCCACUACCCCGCCGGCAGCCCGAGCCUGAGCCCCCACCCCGUCGAGUCGGCGGACGAGAUCCGCCGCAAGGCCGCGCUGCGCCGCUUCAUGGUCGCGUGCAAGGUCGCCGACUAUGACGUCGCGACGCUGUACCUCGAGCAGGCGGGGCACGACCUGCGCGCCGCCGUCGAGAGCUGGGAGGCGGAUGCCGCGUGGGAGAGGGCGCAUCCGCAGGAGACCGCAGGGCUGGGCGGGAAGGGUAAAGGCAAGGGCGCGACCCGGGGCGGAUGGUGGAAGAUCCUGUGA